AUGCGCCUCGACGCGAAAGCUUAUCUGUGGGUCAAGGAAGUCAACGUACAAUUUGAAAAGGCACACCAAGUGCCUGUCUAUGUCCUUUUACAUGUCCUCAAGAAAGUAUUCUCCAUAAAGAAGAAGCAGUACCAGGACGAAAAACGGAGGAAGCUAGUUGUAGAAAGCGGUCAACCCCCGAAGUAUAUGGGAAAGUGGAGAUUUUUCUCUUCUCUUACAUUCCUGGACACAAAAUGCCCUGCCGCACACGAUGACUCGAUCUUGGGGAUGGAAUUCUUUGAUGUCAAGCUGGAGCCCUACGCAGCAAAUGCCUGCGAAACCCUGCUCUCCGAUGCGAACACCUCACCGACCCAAUCACCCAGUAGGGACAGCAGUCAUACAGACAUGGAUGAGCCAGUUGUGCAGCAUGUGACAAAUACGAGGGCUGAAACACCACCUGCACCUGCACACGCAGCUCACCGCAGGCAUGACAGGGCACAGCAGAGGGUGCAUCAUAGCAGUCCAUCUCACAGGCCAUCUGCUUUCUCAAGAAUAGCGGACGUAAUUUCGAGGCCAACUGACGAGUGCGAGGCUUUUGGCAGACUCGUGGAGUGCAGGAUGAGACGCCUUCCUCCUUCCCGCUACAGUCAGUUCCAGGUUGAGGUGCUCACUUUCAUCAACCAGUUCGAACAGUCAGCAGCCAACGGCGAAUCCUAGAGUGAAGGUACUGCUCGGCUGAGGUAUCUCCCAUGACAGGGCGACUACAGCAACUUUAUUUUAAGCCCACGACAGGGAAAGAAACUUCACGUGUGAGGGCAUUCUGCAUGACAGCCUUAUACAUUGUUUUUAGAGUAUCCAGAGUAAUAUGUUUCCAGCAUAAUUGCAGCGAUAUGUUCUCCCUUGUUUUACAAAACUUCUGGAGUGUUAACAAAGGCUGUUUAAUGCAUGCCAUCAUAGCUGUAAGCUAACGGGGCAUAAAAUUUUCUCUUUCCAGAAUAAAAGGUAAAAAAUGCUGUUAGAUUCACAGCACCACAAAAGGAAUAGGAUUUGUCCAUCGUGUUGUUCGUGAUUUUGGCAAGAAUGAAACCGCAAUUUAUGCUUUCUGUCUUCUCUCCCUCUCAAGAGGUGCAACAAGGCGAGGUGGCCUCCUGUUGGUCCCUGCAAACGAUUUCCUACAACAAUUGGACACCCUGACUACAGCACCCGUUGCACCUUUUGAGAGGGAGAGAAGAAUCACGUUUUCCUUCGAGCUUAAAUCACAAACAACACAACUGAUUAACAUCAUUUAUUUUGCAUUGCUGCUGAGGUUACUUUUGUGAUCCGGUGCCCCUUUAACAAAGUUAAGCAGGGGGAGCUUAAUAUAAGCUGUUCAGGUUGCUUGUAGGCAUCCUGGCUUUUCCAUAGUAACCGAAAAUGUGUAUAAACAUUGUGAGAUGCAACAGAAAAGUUAGCGUAGGUGUAUCAGCCAGUUGUAUGGGCCAGUUGAUGAAUACGAUCAUACGAGUACGACGAGGACUGUUUGCUAUAGUUGAAGCUCGGUAAUCAUGGAGUGCGACUUCAUUAUUUUUGGUCUUUGCCUCUCUUAGUGCAAGUACAAGUGCAAGCGUCAGCCUAGGAUUAAACUGAGUAUGCUGAAACCUAGCUUCGUCGAUGACAUGCGCACGUGUCAGGAAAGAGCAAAGAAUCAGCAGGAUAAGAAACGCAGUCAGUACAAAGCAUUUGGCCCAGAACAAGGGGCUUUGUGUGUCUGGGUUAAACAUGGUCAAACCCGGUUUUACACAUCAAUUUGCAUCAUCAGCACUUCGGCUAAAGCCUUAAAAACGAACUUGCCGAAAUUCCAAGUUGCCAAGGUUCAAUUACCAGUUUUGAGCACUGGAGAACGCUAAGCAGCUCACAUACAGCACUGCUGCUUGGCAUCUCGUUUUUGUCUCAAUGCGAGAAGCACGUUUUUCUUUUUUAUUUUCCACUCAAUAUCGCUCGAUGUUACCCGGCCUAUUUUACGGCUCCUGAAAUAAAACCCGAAAACGGAAACACAAGGACCUAUUCAUAUACAAAAGGAUGAAAAAUAAACAAGAGGAAAGAGUGACGAAAGCUGCUGAGGUUAAUGAUGAACCUCACAUGAUGUGACCAUUUGUAUGGUGUCUGCCUUCUAGACCACGAAUGCUAAAGUUUCUGUUGAUCGCGUAUUUUCCAGCGGAAAUAUGUGAUAAAACCCAGGCGGCAAAGGCAUUUGCAUCGAAACGAAGUGGAACCACGUGAAAUGUACGAGAACUUACUACAUCAUUUCCUAAUUACACGAAGGUCUUGUGGAGCUUGCAACGCCCUUAUACUGUUCCCUCCCCUUUCAGGGUCACCUACUGUCCUGCUGAGGCACUCUGCCUUAUUAUUUUUUUUUUUCACUCUUUCUCUGCACUAAGUGCGAGAGUGCUUUAGCGACCGUCGGUUGAUACAGGUGCAUCGUGCAGACUGUUCAGUGGUUUGAUAUUGACACAGUGGACAUGUUAAAAACCGUUACAGUGCCUUACGGCGUGGAACUUCUUGCAUGCUGUUCUCAUCCUUCGCAAAUGUUCUACAGGGUUACUCGAAAUAAAGUACGGUAUUUCUUCUGCCACAUAAAAACACCGCAGAUGCCGAAAGUUUUGUCAAUGACGUACGGAGUGCGUAUUAAUUGUGUAAAAAAUUUCAGCUUCCUGGUUUGUUUCAGUACAGUGUGAAAAGUUCUUAAAAAUAGCUCUUUCCUAUGCAUUGUCAACGCCGCAUUCCGCAUUAUUUUACGUAUAAUUUAUAUCGUUCCGAUCAUUCGUGUGGGUGACACUUGGGAAAUUGCUUGUAAGGUUUUGGCAUUAAGUGGUGUACGGCUACCCUUUAUUUUUAUUAAUUAGUUUAGUUACCAAUACAAACUAAGUUUAAUAAAUGGAAGUCUCCAGACUAAAUUCUGUGCCCGAAACCUUGUGAGCCUCUCCAACUAAGACAGCUUUCCUUUUCUUUUUUUUUUUUUGUCACUUGUUGGGGCAUGAGUGACUUCUAAAUUUUUUUCUAGAAGGCAUAUUGACAGGAAGUGUAACGACAUAAGUGAAUGUUAUGCUUUGAAAUUUUAAAAAGAGUAAUUGUCGUAACAAAGUUUCUACUGGUACAAAACUAUACAAAACCCGUACACCGAUGACGCCCAGCAAGCAGUGUAGGCUUUUGGCAAAGUUCAGAGUGCGGCAUUUUUUAAUUAUGACUCGUCAUAAAUAGGGCCCGGGUUUUUAGGCCUUUGCUUAUAAAUGCCUAUAAACGCUUGCAACAUUUUCAGGGUUGCCUUCCUCUUUAUCGACUCUACUGAGCUGUAGCUGUUUUUAAUAUUUUUAGACGGCGUAACAGCCGAGGUGCGCGUUCGCGCCUUUUGUCCCUUUUUUGCGUUUGGUUUCUUUCAUUACCUUGGUUUGCUAGAAGGGGUUCAUGCACAUUUCAUCAAAAGAUUUGGCCUCUCUGGGCCUUUCGAGAUCUUCCAAGGCAGAGAACUAAGAAUAUUAUUCAAUAUAGCGUGGUUCCAGGCCACCUCAGCAUUCGUGUAGGCUUGUAUGGUACUGUAACCCUUAAAUGCGCAAGUUUUCCUUGAUGGAGCUUUCUGAAACACCAACAAGGCCAAAGAACGUACCAGAUUAACGUGCUUAUUUUUGCAUUUUAAUGCCUACUUUUGCAUUUCUGAGGGCCUAAAUGCUUGCCUGUCUCCAUCGUUUUUAGUGCCUAAAUUUCCUGGCCCUAUCCUAAAGGACAGGAUAUUUUUAUGAGUAACUUUUGAUAUGGAUUUUUUGUGUAUAUUAUGUCUUCCAACAUUUGGUUUGGCUCCCACGUCCCAAACAGUGUUUUUAUUCAUUUUAUCUUUGUUACGAAGAGCCCGUGCUUUAUGUUGGGUAACCCUGUACAUAUGUACAUGUACAUCAAGACAUGCAAUAUGUUAUGCAACACAGCUUGAACACAAAAAAUCGAUGCGGUCCAUAUCAUUUAAAACUUUUAAUUACAAUAUACCAUUUCACACAGCAGCUUUAUUAGCCACAGUGUAUACUCACAAAGUUCCAGCAUAUUUACCUAAUUGCGUGAUCCAAAUAACCCAGUAAAAUGCCAGAAUGUAAGACUGUGAAUAAAGCUUUUGGGUGCUUUGAACAAUAAUGAUUUUAUUUUGCUGUUCCCAUCUUCAUUGGACAGCAUUUUUUACUUCCUAUAGUUACAACAAGUAGUAACACAGUCAGACAUACACAAAUAUCAAGUUUUGCUCAGGGAUGAAGAGGCAGUUCAAACUUUAAUGCCAUUACGCUCCUCUGUCUGUCUUCAAUGACCUACAAUGAUGUAUGUAUAAAUUAAAUAAAUCGCCUCGUACAGA